GCACCAACACUACUGUCAUUACUGUAUAGGUAGCCGAGCCUAAAUGAUAUAUAGAUCUAUUUGUUGUACAUUAAACAUCAGUUAUAAUCGUAUUCUAUCAAAUAAUAUAGUAUUUAUUAAUAAUAUUAAUAACGAAAAAAACUACUUAAUUAAACUGACAUCAGAAUUAUUAAAAAGAACCAUGUCUACUGCCGAAAAGAAACCGUUUUAUCGUUUACCUGCUAAUAUUCGUCCUCGUCAUUACGAGAUAACCCUAGUUCCAGAUAUUGAUAAGUUUACUUUCAAAGGAAACCAAACGGUUAACAUUGAAGUAAAGGAACCAACUGAUAAAAUUAUCUUAAAUUCGUUGGACAUUGAUAUCAACAGCGUAACGUUCAAAAAUGACAAAGGAACGAGUAUUAAUGCUGAAAAAAUUGAUCUACUGCCAGCGGAUGAAACUGCUGUUCUUACUUUCCCCGAGAAGCUUCCAAUAGGAAAGGAUGGUAGUCUUAACUUUGAUUUUGUUGGGCAAAUUAAUGACAAAAUGAAAGGAUUGUACCGCAGUAAAUAUCACGGUGAAAAAAGUAAUGGAUCAGCAGCGGUGACUUAUCUUUGCCCGACAUCAGCUCGCAGAGUGUUUCCUUGUUGGGACGAGCCGGCGAUAAAAGCCAGCUUUGGCUUGACCCUAAUCCUGCCAGUGUCUAAGUCACUGGUGGCAUUAAGCAACAUGCCGGUGGAAAAAGUUGAGAAAAAAGGAGACCUAGAGGUAAUGAAAUUCGAAAAGACUCCGGUGAUGUCGACGUACCUGGUAGCUGUAGUUAUCGGAGAAUUUGAUUACCUGGAAGAUAAAACCGUGGAUGGAACGGUCGUGAGAGUUUACACGCCAAAAUCAAAGCAAGAACAAGGUCGCUUUGCCUUAGAAGUUGCGACAAAGGUGUUGCCGUACUACAAUAAAUACUUUGGAAUAUCUUAUCCGUUGCCAAAGAUGGAUUUAAUUGCUAUUGCCGACUUCUCAGCCGGAGCUAUGGAGAAUUGGGGCUUGGUGACUUAUCGAGAGACUUGUCUGCUAGUCGACCCACAAAACACCUCAGCCGCUUCAAAGCAGUGGAUUGCUCUGGUGGUAGGCCAUGAAUUGGCGCACCAGUGGUUUGGAAAUCUUGUCACCAUGGAGUGGUGGACUCAUUUGUGGCUCAAUGAAGGCUAUGCAUCUUUCGUUGAGUUCCUUUGCGUCGCCCAUUUGUUUCCUGAGUACGACAUCUGGACCCAGUUUGUUACAGACACCCACAUCAGAGCCUUGGAGUUGGACGGACUUAAAAACAGCCAUCCCAUUGAAGUACCGGUAGGUCAUCCCACUGAAAUAGAUGAGAUCUUCGAUGACAUUUCUUACAACAAAGGCGCCAGCGUUAUUCGCAUGUUGCACUCGUACAUUGGCGACGAGGACUUCCGCAAAGGCAUGAAUCUUUAUCUCAAGCGUCACAGUUACGCGAAUGCGGAAACGGAAGAUCUAUGGGCUGCGCUACAAGAGAUGAGCAACAAGCCUGUAGGCGAAGUUAUGUCAACUUGGACUAAGCAGCAAGGAUUUCCUGUCAUUAAAGUUGAACAGCGUCAACAAGGUAACGACCGAGUAUUAAUGCUGACACAGGAAAAGUUUCUCGCUGAUGGAUCCGUUGAUGAGAGUAAAAAUCUGUGGAUGAUACCGUUGAGUGUCAGUACUUCAAAAUCUCCAAACGAAGUGGCGCUCAGUACAGUUAUGAGCGAAAAGAAAAAGCAAGUUGUUAUCAAAGAUGUGCCAGAAGGCGCUUGGAUUAAGAUUAAUCCAGGUACGAUCGGUUUUUACCGUACACGUUAUGACUCACAAGCGCUGUCUUUGCUGAUGCCGGCGAUUAAAGAUCGUACUUUGCCGCCGUUGGACCGACUGGGGUUAUUCGAUGACCUGUUCGCGAUGGUCCAAGCUGGCCAUACUUCAACUGUCGAUGUACUUAAAUGCAUGCAGGCCUUCCAGUACGAGGACAACUACACCGUCUGGUCCAGUAUCAUCAGUAGCUUAGGAAAAAUAGGAAUCCUGCUUGGUCACCUGGACAUCUACGACAACUUUAAAGCUUUCGGUCGCGCGAUGCUCAAAGACAUCACCAAGAAACUGGGCUGGGAGCCCAAGAGUAACGAAAGCCACUUGGACAAUCUCUUGAGGUCGCUUAUUUUGGGCAGGAUGGCUCUGCUGAAGGACACAGACACUAUCGAGGAGGCCAAGAGACGAUUUGAGCUUCACGUCUCCAAGAAGUCGAUCCUGGCUGCUGAUCUGAGAACGCCAGUCUACCGCGCUGUCUUGUCUGUUGGCGACGAGAAGACCUACGAGACCAUGCUCAAGCUCUACAACGAAGCUGACCUCCACGAGGAGAAGGACAGAAUCCUUCGGGCUCUAGGAACGAUCCAAGAUGAGACUCUGCUUAACAAAGUCCUGGACUUUGCAAUGAGCGACAAAGUUCGCGCGCAAGACACCGUUUUUGCCAUAAUGUCAGUGGCUUUGAACUCAAAAGGUCGCGACCUGGCCUGGAGAUUCUUCCAGAAUAACUGGCAGAUCUUGAUGAACCGGUACGACGGUGGAUUUUUACUCUCAAGACUCGUUAAACACACCACUGAGAAUUUCGUGACCGAAGAGCGUGCCAUUGAAAUCGAGGAAUUCUUUAAGAAAAAUCCGACACCUGGAGCUGAAAGAACUGUCCAACAAAGCGUUGAAAGUAUUAGACUUAAUGCAGCCUGGCUUGCUCGAGAUCAAGCUUCUAUUGAAUCGUAUUUCAAAGAAAAUUCAUAUUAAAGUUUAUUAUUAUAAAUUAUUGAUUGAGCUCAAAGGUUGUUGUUUUUUAUU